CUCUUAGCCAAUCAGGCGCGGCCACACUGUGUUUUGGAAACAACACGCCCGAGUAUUUCACCUCCAUCAACUUCCACCGUGAGAGCCGAAACCGCGGGGGACAGCUUUAUUACUCUGUACUGGAGAGCGAGGGAGCUGGAUACACACGGAGCUGCUCUUUAAACCCAGGCUGGGGGGGUUAUUAGGCUUAUUUUGCGAACAUUGUGGAGACGGUACCGUAGCGUUAUUGACGAGGUUAGCCAAGCUAGCUAAAUAGCUUAGCUGUUGACAGAAGAAGAAAGAGAGAAAGAACGAGAACACAGAGAGAAUGGAGGACCUGAAUGUUCAGGAGAAAGGAGAGAUAUCUCUUGUGGUUAAAACACCCAAUCAGAUACAUGGCGACCAGCUGGUGGAGGGUGUAAAUAUUAACUGGACGGUGAAGGAUCUGAAAACUCAUCUGACAAGAGUUUAUCCAUCCAAACCGCCUGAGAAAGACCAGAGGCUUAUCUACUCCGGAAAGCUGCUUCCAGACCACCUGCAUAUCAAAGAUAUUUUCAGACAGAUGGACACCGUACCCAUUAUUCACCUUGUUUGUGCUUUCAAACCCCAGCCUGGUCCUCAGCAGGGUGCCAUACCCAAGGUCAAACCAGCAGAGCAGCAGCCCUCUUCGGCUUCAGCUCCAGCUCCCGCUCGGCAGAGCACAAACUCUGCCGCUCCAGCGCCAUCUGUGCCUACUGUGCCCUCCACCAGCGGCCUCAGACAGCGGGGUCACCCCGCCCCUGCUGUGCCCCAUGCAGCAUGGCCUGCCACAGGCACUGGCACGAGCACAUCCACGCCAGCAGCAAUGAACCAUCCAGCCUUCCCUACUUACUCACUGUACAGUCCACAGCAGCUACUGUGGCUGCAGCAUAUGUAUGCUCGCCAGUACUACAUGCAGUACCAAGCUGCCAUGGCAGCUGCCACUACUCCUGUGGCCCCUCCUGCUCCUUCUACACUUCCUGUUGCUCAACAUCAAGCUGCUGUACCUGCAGCUCUGCCAAAUCAGGGCCCGAUUGACAACCUGCCAGCCAAUCAGAAUGCCCCAGACCCUGCCUUCAUCAACCCGGAAGGAGCCAAUCAAAAUCUGCGGAUGAAUGCACAGGGUGGGCCAGUAAUGGAGGAUGAGGAUGACGUGGAGCGUGAUUGGCUUGAUUGGGUUUACACUGCCAGCCGUUUUGCUGUGUUCCUGAGCAUCGUUUACUUCUACUCCAACUUGAGUCGCUUCAUCUUAGUGAUGAGCAGCCUGUUCCUCAUGUACCUGCACACUGCAGGCUGGUUCCCUUUCAGACACAGAGCUCAGGCCAGGGUACCAAAUCAGCCUGCACCUGCACCUGAGGUCAUUCAGAAUCAGCAGAACCUGAAUCUGAACCAAGAAGAGCAGCCAGAGCCGGUGGCAGCCCCUGCUGAAGCAGAGAACACUGAGGAGGCUGAGACUGAGGCAGAGGCUGAGGAGGAAGCUGUUGUUCAGCCCUCUAUGACCGCAGUUCCUGUAUCCCCAGUUAGACCUCCCAUUCUCUGGACAGCCUGGAUCUUUUUUAAAGCCUUUUUUGCCUCCUUGAUCCCUGAGGUUCCUCAGGGUGUAGCCAACUGAGUGCAGUACAACCUGAAGCGUACGUGUAGAUGGACUGAUAUGGCAAGAGUUAUGCCCACUCUGAAGGAGCACCAUCCAGGUCUUCUGUAAAAGGACUCUGUUGAUUUUGAUGGGACUUUGCAAACAUUAUGUGUGAUCCCUGGUCUAGUCUUCACUUUUUAUUCACUGAGUGAAGCUUAGGAAUCACACAAUCAGCACUUUCAAACAGUUUGGCGCUGUGACCAAAAACCUCAUCUCUUCCCUCCUUGGCCAAACAGUAGUGUAUUGUAUAUAAUGUAAAUACGUGCUGAAUACAGUUGUAAAUAUACAAAUGUACAGUUUUGCACAGCACUUUAGAUCAUCUUUAUGGCAGCAUAAGUCUUUUAGACGAAUGCAGGGCUCAUCCUGUCAGCAGGACUUUUCCAUGAGUGCUUGAAGAUGAGGGUCCAGGGAUUAAACUCAUGAGUGGCCCAUGGCUUAUCUAAUCUAGAUGGAAGCAUGAUUGACAAUGAAGUCCAUUCAUCAGUUCUGGCACUUUGACAGUAUAGGUUUCAGAGGAUUAUGCUUGUCUUGUUCAGAAUUAAUUAUGUUUCGGUUCUUAUUCUGUAUCUUUGAGCUGAAGUUGAUGUAGACAAAUGUGGAGAAAAUGAAAAGAAAGAAUCAUAUUGUGGAAAAAAUGAAUGAGAGAGGACCUGAAGUUUUCUGUGAACAAAAGUGAUCAAAAAAGUAGGACAGAAUUUAAUGGAGAGAAUUUAAAUGGUUCAGUUUGGAGCUUUGUUGUACAUGAAGCUUUUGCACGUGACAUAAAAGAAGUGAGCAGGGACCUGAAAGUAAACAUGGUUAAGUACUUUGAGGAAGCGACUCAUAAAUGAAGGUACUGAUCUGGUAUUUUAGUUUUUGUUUUGUUUUAUUAUUUUUCUUCUUCAUUUCAUUUUCCUUUUCCAUUUUAAAGGGAAAUUUUCAGCUUGUUAAGACGCUGUUAAGAUAUGCUAUUUAACUUUGUAUAAGGAACUGAAAUAAUAAACUCCUUUACAAAUA